AUGGAGAAGGCGAAGAAAGAGAGAGGAGGAAAAACUCCAGGAAAACAGAGUAACAGCAAUGAGGGCGCGGCUUUCAAAGAGGAAAAUGUAGCAGCCAUCACAGAACUCCAAGAGGCGCACACAAACGCUCUGAGCAAGAUGGCAGUCUCCGUCACAGAGCUUGAAAGCACCAGGGAUGCUCUGCGGGGGGCAGAGGGAAGACGGGAGGAACUGCAAGCGGAGGUGGAGAGGGUGACGCAGCAGGUGGAGGAGAUGGAGAAAGGGCUUCAACAGAAAGAGGCGGAGGUCAGCCAACUUAAGGAGGGGCUCGAGGAGCACCAGGAGCGACAGUUAGCCGGAGCAAAAGCCAGGGAGGAUAAUUCAAGGAAGUUGCUGGAGGUCCAGACUUGCCUUGCACAAAAAGAUGAGGAGAUAAAAGCCAUGGAGACGAGCCACGCCGCCCUGAUCACUCAGCUACAGCUGGACAUACAGCUGCAGGCGAAAGAGAGAGAAGAGGCUCUGGGGCAGCUAGAGGAACAGAGAGGUCAGGGUCUGACUCAGCUCCAAAAGGAAAAAGCCCAGAAACUGGUAGAGGAGGUCCGCCAAGAGAAAGAGGAAAUAAUGGAACAGCUCACACAAGAAAGAGAAGAGAAGUUUGAAAUUCAGAUAGCUCUACAGGUGGAAAAGGAAGCAUUGGAGGUUGAAAGGGAGGAGCACCAGCAGGGCAGGUCAGAGGUGCUCAGACUGAACGCAGAGAUUGAGAGAAUAGACGAGGAAAUGAAGAGUCUUCUGUCUCAAGGGGAAGUCAAAGAGCAGUCCAGGCUCGCUCUGGAAAAUGAACUAAACGUGGCAGAGCAGGAGAGAAAUCGCCUGGAGGAGGUCGUGCAAGGCGGCGUGAACUUCCAGGAGCGAUUAGACAUCAUGGAGGAGAAGACCCUGACUCUGCAGCGCCAGUUGGAGGAACAGAGACAAGACAGGCGGGCUCUGCAGGAGCAGGUGGAAGUUCUGACUCAGCAGAAGGUGACGCUGCAGUGGGAGAUGGAGGAGCAGCGGCAGGAACUCAAGAGACAGAUAACUGAAGCCCAGGAGAAAAGCUCCCACAGUUCAGAGAAUGAAAAGUGGAGGAAACAAUAUGAGGAGCUUUUUGCGAAAGUCAGGCCCUUCCAGGAACAGCUGAACGCGUUUGCAGCCGAGCGAAACGCACUGCUCAAUGAAAAUGGAGCGAACCAGGAGGAGUUGAACAAGCUGUCUGAUGCUUACGUCCGUCUGCUGGGCCACCAGAACCAGAAGCAGAAGAUCAAACACGUGAUGAAGCUGAAAGACGAGAACAUCGCCCUGAAGCAGGAGGUCGCGAAGCUGCGGUCCCAGGUGAACCGGCAGAAGAGUGAUCUGGAGCAGCUCAAGUCAAACCCCCCCGCUACUCCUCGCCGCAAGUUUGAUCCCAGCAAAGCCUUCAAGCACGACAAGGAGAACAUGACAGCUGAAACUCUUAAAGGAAACCAUUAUGCAUAAUGGAGCUCUUCUGCCAGACGGAAACUGACUGCUAUAUUACAUCUAACGUUAUGGUUUUAAUACUGAUUUGUUCGAAUGUUUUCUGUCCCAUUUUGUUCUAACUGGUUUUCUUCUCAGCUGUUUUGAUGCCAGACUUUUACAUAGAGCCAGCAAGUUUUACAAAUAAUUGUAAUGAGCAGAUUGUACGUGUGCAGGAAAAGAAUGAGCAAACAGAUGGCUGCAAGUAGACACAUAAUCCAGAGGACAAUGACAGUCAGCAUUUAAAUAUGCGAUGUGAAUUUAUUUUGUAUUCUUUUAACUACCUUACCAUUUCUUAGGGUAGGGUUAGCAGAACAGUGAACAUUUCAUGCUGUAUAGCUCUUGUUUUUCCUCUUUGUAAAUAAAGACAGAAUCUAACACUCUUCUUAAUAAAAA